AAUGAAACAGUGUGCUCUUCUUAAUAACUCGUCAAUAAAAAGCUCGAUAUGACAGAGGAAGAAAAAAAAAUGGAGGCUGGGCUCAAUAAAACGUCCCUAACGAGAGCACUGCUUAUUAACGUAAUCCAGUUAACCUUUAAUCAGAGCAGAAACACGGAUGCUUUUAUCAUGUAUGCGCCCGCCGUCGUUUUUUUUUUUUUUUUUUUUCCUUUGCGUGCCACAAUGGCAGAAAGGCAGGGCGAGUUUGUUCGAGGCAUCCGCCGCUUUCAGAAGAGCCGUCCUCUGUUCUGCAGGGUGUAGGGUGUGAUCAAGAAGAAGAAGAAGAAGAAGGAGGAGAAGAAGAAAAAGGAGAGCUUUUUCAUUUAUUUAUUUUUUGGACCGCAUUUCCCCUCAAAAAAAUCUACCAAACGAAUCCCAAACCGAGCCCCCCUUAUUCUGCGCUCUAACCCCGUUUCUGUUAAAAUGCGUCUUUUUUAAAUGGAGUCUGGUGGAGAGUACUCUCGGCCGUGUGAUGAGACAAAGGAACAAAGGAUGCCUUAGAGGAGAGGUUGCCUACAUGCCUGGAAACCUCUUCAAAACACGCCGCCAAAUGGAUCUAACGCCUCCCCCCGCCACCUCUAGAUCAUGAUACUUGGCUGAAGCUAUUCCGCUAUCUUUAUGAUCCCUCCUCCAUCUAUGGCGAACUAUAGCCAUGCAGGGGACCACACCAUCUUGCAGAAUGUCUCUCCUCUCGCCACGUUCCUCAAACUGACCUCACUGGGUUUCAUCAUCGGAGUCGGCGUGGUCGGUAACCUCCUGAUCUCCAUCCUGCUGGUCAAAGACAAGAGCCUGCACCGGGCGCCCUACUAUUUCCUGCUGGACCUGUGCGCGUCUGAUAUCCUGCGCUCCGCCAUCUGCUUCCCCUUUGUCUUCACCUCCGUCAAGAAUGGAUCUGCCUGGACCUACGGCACGCUGACCUGCAAGGUGAUCGCCUUCCUGGGUGUGCUCUCCUGUUUCCACACGGCGUUUAUGCUGUUCUGCGUCAGCGUCACGCGCUACCUUGCCAUCGCACAUCACCGCUUCUACACCAAGAGGCUGACCUUCUGGACCUGCCUAGCUGUUAUCUGCAUGGUGUGGACGUUGUCGGUGGCGAUGGCGUUCCCGCCGGUGCUGGACGUGGGGACGUACUCUUUCAUCCGGGAGGAGGACCAGUGCACGUUCCAGCACCGCUCCUUCAGGGCGAACGAUUCGCUGGGCUUCAUGCUCCUGCUGGCGCUCAUCCUCCUGGCCACACAGCUGGUUUACCUCAAGCUCAUCUUCUUCGUCCACGACCGCCGAAAGAUGAAGCCUGUCCAGUUCGUGCCUGCCGUCAGCCAGAACUGGACCUUCCACGGGCCAGGCGCGAGCGGGCAGGCGGCGGCCAACUGGCUGGCUGGAUUCGGCCGAGGCCCCACCCCGCCCACUUUGCUGGGCAUCCGGCAGAACAGCAACGCAGCGGGCCGCAGGCGUCUACUGGUAUUGGAUGAGUUCAAAACAGAGAAGAGGAUUAGUAGGAUGUUCUACAUCAUGACGUUUUUCUUCCUGGCACUGUGGGGGCCCUAUCUGGUCGCCUGCUACUGGCGGGUGUUUGCAAGGGGCCCCGUGGUCCCUGGGGGCUACCUGACGGCAGCCGUGUGGAUGAGCUUUGCCCAGGCCGGGGUCAAUCCUUUCAUCUGCAUCUUCUCCAACAGGGAGCUCCGGCGCUGCUUCAGCACCACACUCCUCUACUGCAGAAAAUCCAGGUUACCAAGGGAACCCUACUGCGUUAUAUGAAGGUUUUGCUGUGGGCUUUUUUUUCUUCCUUUUUUUUCUCUCAUCUAUGUCUCUAUUUCCCUGAUUGAUCUUGAUCUGGGCCUGCUCCCAUUGUACAGCGCACUCUCUCUUCUAUCUCUCUUCUCUCCACCCUCCGGUUUUUCCCCUCCUGUCCCUCCUCCUCCUAACCCCUUCUUUUCAGAGGUAGAAGUGUGGACUGCCAAUCACGAGGCUCCGCCGGGGCGAUUGAGUACAAAAAACAACAACAACAACAACAAAAAAAAACGUCUCAAACAUGGAGGCCAAAGGGGAAAUGGGGAAUACACGCAGGAGGUCUGGAUGCCCCUCCUGUGUUUAUGUUCUAGUAAACAGACGUUGUGGAAGGCCAUGCCAAUGCAGAGAAGCAAAAAGUUGAAAAAAAAAAAAAAAAGAGAAAAGAAAUUGACAAAACAAUAAAAAACAAGACCUCCUCUUGCUUUGGAUAUUUUCGACGAAAGAUGCGUUUAUUCUGUGAGGUGUGAAAUCCAUGAAUAUGAAAAGAAAAAGAAAAAAAAAAGAACAAAAAACAAAGAAAUGAUACCUCUCAAGGAGUCACUGGAAAUGUUUUACAUUUUUAAGAGUUGCACUAAAAAGAAGAUGUAAAGAUGCUUUUUUUUGGGUCAACAGUUGCAUUGCAAAGGACAACUUUUCCUCCCCACCCCCCUCUUUUUUUUUUUCCCUCUCCAAACUAAACGAUGAAUGCUUUAAUUUGCAACAGACUACACAAUCGCUGUAAGUAAAGCAAAAACUUGGUGACUGUUGGAAUACACCACCACAAGAGGAUAAAAAUGGUUUUAAUGUAAGUGAUAUCUUUUUCAUUUACCGGGGGAGCGGGGGAGGGGGAGGGGGGCUUUAACGAUGGGGGAUUUACAGAUGUGUGGUUUUUUUGAAGUCGCAACUUAAAACUAGAAAUGAUUUUUUUUUUUUCCUUGUAGUUUUACGAUCCAUUAUGUCCCUAGUGUCUGGCAUUGUUCUUUUUUCUUAUCACCUUUUACAACAAAAAAAAAAAAAAAAGAGGGAAAAAAAAAGAUGAAAUGAUGUUUGGAAUUUUCAAAAAGACGUUGCUUUUAAGAACAACCUUGUGCUUAAAAAAGACAUUGAAGAAGUAGUUAAAUGUUUAAUCAUAUCCAUGUACCUAAACACUAUCAUAUUGUUACAGUAUUGCUGAUGCCACUCCAGGUGUUCUUGCCUUAAUGGUUAUGAUAUUGUCAUGUUUCUUGGUUGUUGGGUUAUUAUUAUUAUUUUUUACAAUUAUUUUUAUUCCAUUCACUCCUAAGAAGUCGUUUUUGGUUUUUUUUUUAUAGAUGCGAGGGGAGGCUUUUUUUUUCGUUUUCUUUAUCGCAUCAAUGUGAAGUGCAUGUCCAUUUUUUAUGUUUUUUUUCUCAAAAAGCUGGUCCACUCCCAUGAGCAUCACAGGCCAUACACUGAGCAGCCCAUUUUUGAUUCUGCAAUGGUUUGCUACACCCCACAGAGUGCUCAGAGCACAGGGAGUGUGUGUGUGUGUGUGUGUGUGUGUGUGUGUGUGUGUGUGUGAGAGUGAGUGCACGUGAGUGAGCGUGUGUGUCAGUGAGUGUGUGGGUGUGCGUUUCGGAGCGUGCGUGCGUCCGUGCGUGCGUGCUGCGUGGAUCAGACAACAGUCACUUCAAGACCAGAGCCUUAGUAUGAAAAUCUUGCACAAUUUGUAAAAAAUGUAAAAGAACAAAAAAAAAACAACAAAACAAAACAACAACAAGGAAGAAAGAAAAAAAAAAAAACAACAAAAAAAAGACAUUUAAGGCACACCGUCUUGUUUCUACUUUCCCUACAUUUGCUCUCUACUGAUUGUUUUUCGAUGACUUACUUUUUUUCUCUUGUGGCCAUUUUAAUAUUUAUUAUGUAUUCUUUUUUGUAUAUUAUAGAUAGACUGUGUGUAAGUAUGUGAGUCUUUCAUUUUUGAAGUCCCGAAUGUGAGUACAGUUUUCAGUUAGGAUUGCAUUUGCUGAAAGUUACCUGUGUAAUCUGUUGCUUUUUUUGAAAAAUAAAAAGUUUCCAUUUUA